UUUAGAAAAGACAAAAAGAACUUCACUCGACUCCCUUAACCUUCUCUAAAAUCGGUUAAUUUGGAAUAUUGUUUACUGAAAAUAGUAUUUUAAAGUAAAAUAAGGAUCAACAUGGAUAUCCAGCAAACUAUACAAGAUACAGUGCUGCAGGCAGCAAAGGUAGUUGAGGAGCAAGUUGACUCGGAGAUUGACAGGCUUGAAAAGAUGACAUCCGACGACAUGGAUGAACUACGAGAAAGACGACUUCAAGCGCUAAAAAAACAAGCCCAAUUGAAGAGCGAAUGGCUCCAUAAAGGCCAUGGUACUUAUUCUGAGAUAGCUAACGAGCCAGACUUUUUUCCAGACACCAAAGAUAGUCCAAGAGUUGUAUGUCAUUUUUACCGCGAUUCAACCUUUCGUUGUAAAAUUGUAGACAAGCACCUCGCCCUUUUGGCUCCCAAACACGUGGAGACAAAAUUUGUCAAAAUUAACGUCGAAAAAUGCAAGUUUCUGUGCGAUAGGUUGGCUAUCAAGGUGUUGCCGACAGUUGUCAUGAUAAAAGAUGGCAAAUUCGUUGACAGGAUUGUUGGGUUUGAUGAACUUGGGGGACAUGACGAGUUUUCAACUAAUAUGAUGGAAUGGAGACUAGCUAGAGCUGAGGUCAUCAAUUAUGCUGGAGAUCUGAGCCAGCCGCCAGAUAAACCCAAGACUGGAACAACAGUCUUAAAGAAAUCUAUCAGAGGUAGACRUGAUAAAGACGAUGAUGAUGAUGAUGACGAUGAUGAUUACUAAGUUACUGCAUGGAAUUAUAUGGUAACAUUGUGUUGUAAUAAUUUAUUCAAUAUAUUGGAAUAGAAGAAGAGCACAGUAUUUUUGUUAUUUGCCAAAGAGAAGAAGAACGUAACUUGAUACAAAAUGAAUUGCAAAGACAUGACCAUUUCAACAUUAGGAUGAUGAUGACGAUGAUGACUUCAUUUACAAGAGGGAUAAGACAUAUUAACUUACAAGAGUUAUUUAAUAUACRGCCCUCAUUCAAUGCCCUGAGUGAUUGUCUGUACAGUUUUUUAAAUGAACCAUUUAUUUUUCAGGAAAGAUCUCAAUAGUUUAGCUUUUAAAAUGAGUCACACACUAGAAGAGAAGCAAAUUAACUGUGAAAAUCAAUCUUUUUAAAUUUUCAAAUUAGUAUUUUCCCUUUUAAUUUUUGAUAAAAAUAAGACAAUUGAAGUGUGCAAGGGAGUCUGGUAGUUAGUAGUUGAUGAGGAUAGGGAAAAUUUCAUAUACUUGAUAAAAACACAGGAUACCAACACGCUGUGCCAGGACUGUGACCAUAUCAUGCUUAUGACUUUGCUAUGUCCAAACAUUUCUUUAUGCUAAAAAUAUCGGAUACUCAAUGAUGAAACAAUGACUGAUCAACAUGUGACUGGUCAAGACAACUGGCCUAAGAGGCGUUGGGCCAGACAAGACAGUGUCAGUUUUGACCAGGCAUUGUCCAUUGUCUAUUGACCUGUCAUUAUUAUUAGCCUUGUAUAGUGUGCACUGUGAUUGGUUUAAAGGAUGUUGGCCAAAUCCCUACCAGUAGUGUUUUAUUUGGUACCAUUGCAUAGUCUCUAGAAAUCUAAUAUCUAUUACCUAGUAGUUAUUGUCUUAUUUUUUAAAUAACUAUCAACUAUAGGUAGACUAUCGAUAUUGCCAAAAAUAGAUGACAAGGAAUAUUUCACUUGGUGUUAAACUGUAAAAUUAUUAUUUGAAGAAUAUUUAKUUGCUAAUUUAAAAUGUUGUGUUUUAAUUGAAAAUGAUGACGUCUUACACUCAACCUUAAGCUUGGUUUUAUUUUUCUUUCCAUACUUUAACAAUAUUAUUAUUAGUCUAUACUAGAAUAUAUGAAGUUAAUGGACUUUAAAACCUUUGUAUGAGAAUACAUUUUUUACUUUCCAUUGAUGGUUUGCUUUGGCAAGACUGACAGAAUGAAGGCAAGUCAAGGUAUAAUUGAACUUGUUCUCAAUAGACUCGUUAGUCUAAACUUAUCAACAGAAAUACAAUGUUUCAAUUUUAA